AUGUCCGUUACGCUCUCGCCUCCCAGCCAGCUCGGCUUCCCUCGCCCGCUGACGACCGUCGUCAAGCGCUCGCUCUUCAUCCAGAACCCCCACUCGUCGCCCGUCGCAUUCAAGGUCAAGACCACAGCGCCCAAGCAGUACUGCGUUCGCCCGAACCAGGGCCGCGUUGAGCCUGGUCAGAACAUUGAGGUUCAGAUCGUUCUCCAGCCCCUCCAGGUCGACCCCCCUCCCCACGCCAAGUGCAAGGACAAGUUCCUCGUGCAGUCGGCGUUCAUCCCCCCCGGCGAGGAGAUGCACACUCUCCCAGAGAUGUGGGCUACCGUUGAGAAGACCAACAAGGCGGCCAUCCACGAGCAGAAAAUCCGUUGCGCCUACCUGGCCGCCGAGGACGGCUCAGGUGACCCCAACGGGAUCCCCGAGGAGGAGGAGUCCGGUUCGCCUCUCGACCACUCGAGGCUGGACGAGUCGUAUGCCCACGGCUACACGCAUUGGACGACGGCGGCCGAGCGCCAGUUUGACGCCGACAUCUAUCCCAACGGCGGCCACACGGUCUGGGAGCUCCCCGAGCCCCAGCCCAAGGUCCAGGAGAUGCCGGUGGCUCCUGCCCCCGUCGUUGCUCCGCCGCCUCCUCCCAAAGAAGACGUCCCCCAGAAGAAGCCUACGUCGGAGAUUGUCCUGAACGUUGGCGAGAACCCAACGAUCAUUGUCCUUUCCUCUCCUCCUCACGUUGCGCUGACAUUCCAGGCCGUUUUCGCCGCUGCCGAACAGUCCCCCGUCCCCAAGGUUAACGGCGGAGGCGACGACAAGGACCUCCCUGCCACCCCGAUCCCCUCGUAUGGCCUCGCCGGUGCUGCCGCCGCCGCUGCGGGUCUCGGUGCUGCCGGCGGUGCUGCCGUGGCUGCCGCUGCCAACUCGGCUCCCGAGUCUCCCGUUGUCGCUGCUCCCAUCGCCGCUCCCGUCGCCGAGGCGUCGCGCGAGAUCCCCUCGCUCUCUGCCGACGACGUCCAGGCCGUCGGCGCACCGACCAACAUUGCCCUUGAAAAGUCGCUGAACGCCACCACCAACUCGGACGACAAGCUUGCUGUCGCCCUCGCCGAGAUUGAGCGUCUCAAGGGCCAGCUCGCCGAGGCGCAGGGCCCGACCGUCACCGGCCUGCGGAAGCGCGGUGGUGCCGGUGCCGGUGCCGUCGGCGCUCCCGUUGCCGGCAACAAGGUCGCCACGCAGACUGCCACCCAGGGUGUUCCCCUCGAGGUGUGCGCUGGUCUUGUGUUUGCCGUCUUUGUCCUUACGUACCUGUUCUUCUGA